GAUCAAAACAAAAGAUAUUCAAAUUCCCAUUGCCGAAAGUUUACCCAUAUAAAAAUAAUAGUAUAUCUAACAAAUGUAUUGAAACGUAAAAUACAAUUUGCAUUGUUUAAGCUCGGAAUAAUAAGUUAUCGCAGUUAAUUUCUCCUGAGAAUGGAUUGCAUUCGUACGCUUGUAAACUACGCAGCUAGCUGCUUCACUUGUCAGGAGGAUUCUUCCGCACAGGGCAGUGAACCAAAUGAACGAACGCACUUGCUAGAUAAUCCUGUGAAUAACAGUCCAGCGGUACGAAGAUCGAAUAGUGAAGAUCUUAGUCAAGAAUUCGCAAGCUCGGUGCCAAAGAAAGAUGACGUCUCAGCGUUGAACAAAAUUAUUCAAGACACCGCAGCAAACGUAAUUGAUGUGGCUGCUAUGGACAUUCAUAACAUUGAACCUCAAGAGUACAACGAUCGAGUAAAAGUGUACUCACAAAGGCUGGCUCAACAGUGGAAUACCGUAUCACAUCCAAACAGUGCUGUUUACGUAGGACUACUGAAAGACAUUCCUAAUCCAGAAUCGAUGCUAGCGUCCGUACCGAUUUUGCCGGAAGAUGUAAAUAUGAUUCGCGACAUGGUGCAGAAGGCAAAUAUUGCUGUGACGGAAAUCAAAGUAAAACAUACCGAAAACCUGGUAGUGCCUUUCAGAAUCCCAUAAUUUCACAGCUAACAAUGUGCCUCAGGGGGACAGCUGUAAGAACGUGGCGAUACGGUGAAGAUCAAAAUCGAUGUUCUCUGAUAGAUUUAUUCCUGUUACAGCAUGUCGCAUUCAUUUCUCUUCCCAUAAAUUUGUCGUGUUGCAUAUUAGUGCUGUCGUUCACUCUUUUAAAGUCUAUUUUUAUUGAAAAUAUCAAAGUGUAAUAUUCUUGUUUGUUUUUCAUUAACAUCAAUGAUUUAAGUAAUAUACGAUUUU